AUGUCGCUGUUGAGGCGCGCCGCCUGUGCGGCGUUCGAGUUGCCUCAGAGGGCUCAGCCGCUGAAGGCGAAGAAGCCGGCCAUCAAGAAGAGUGUGAAGAAGGACGGCGGCGGCCUGCCGAAGCACCUGACGCGGUAUCUGCCCUUCGUGCCUUCCACUCUGGUUCACGAAACGACGAGUUUCCUCCACGAUGCCAGCAAGCUGCGCUCUCUUCUCUCGCUCAUUUUCUCUCCCUGCAAACCCGAGGCGACUGCCGCCGACCACCACACAGAUUUUUACCGUCGGCACGAGAGCGCCGCCGCGGCGUCGAUGUGGCAGGCGAUCGAAGCGCUUCCUGCGGAUCUGUACGAGGAGGCGAUUCAGUCGGUCACCUUUGCGCCGCCGUACGUGAACGAGCCGCCUCCACCAGACCCUCAAGAUAUUCGCACGUUUCCUGGAAAAGACGACGCAGGAAACGGAGGUGGCACGCGGGGAGCGUCAACAGGCCGCAGUGGAGCGACAGCCGCCGCACGAGCCGCCAAUGCCGCCGGCGCGAGUGAGGGAGAGGACGGGAGUGCGCAGGCGGCGGAAAAGGACUUCUUCGUGGAGCGUUUCGCCUUCCCCAGGGCGCUCAUGUUCCAUGAAAUGUACGGACAACAGAUCUUCCAGUCCCUGACGCAGCUCGAACGGAGGAAACUGCAGGUCUUCAUGAAUUUAAUGCACGUAAGGUAUCCGCACGCGGAGCUGAAACGUGACAAACCGGCGCUCUUCUGGCUUCCAGAGAGACAGGUGCUCAGCCGACAGCGCGAGGGGGCGUACAAGAGGAAAGCCGCCAAGUAG